AUGUACCCCACGCAGCUCCCGCCCCCCAUCACGCCCCUGGCCGACCUCCUCGCCCUCUCCGUCAGCAGCGUGCCGGGCGGCGCCUGUGACGGUACCCUGGUCUACAGCGACCGUACCCUGGUCCACAGUGACGGUACCCUGGUCUACAGCGACCGUACCCUGGUCUACAGUAGUGGUAACCGGGUCUACAGCGACCGUACCCUGGUCUACAGUAGUGGUAACCGGGUCCACAGCGACCGUACCCUGGUCUACAGUAGUGGUAACCGGGUCUACAGUGACGGUACUCUGGUCUACAGCAACGGUACCCUGGUCUACAGUAGUGGUAACCGGGUCCACAGCGACGGUACCCUGGUCUACAGCGACCGUACCCUGGUCUACAGUAGUGGUAACCGGGUCUACAGCGACCGUACCCUGGUCUACAGUAGUGGUAACCGGGUCUACAGCGACCGUACCCUGGUCUACAGUAGUGGUAACCGGGUCUACAGCGACCGUACCCUGGUCUACAGUAGUGGUAACCGGGUCUACAGCGACCGUACCCUGGUCUACAGUAGUGGUAACCGGGUCUACAGUGACGGUACUCUGGUCUACAGCAACGAGCUUCUACCAUCUGAGAGGUCAAACUGUGGUUUUAGUAGCAGCUGCCAAUUUCUACCUUCCCCUCAUUCCCAAAAUGAUGAGGACUGUGGCUCUAAUUCUAGGAAUGGUUGCGUUGAUGGAAUCAAGCGAGGAAAUAGACACGAACACCACUGUGGCCCUUACAACAACAGGAGCUCCUACUACCAUGGCAACGGGAGUUCCAACUACCAUGACAACGGGAGCUCCAACUACCAUGACAACGGGAGCUCCAACUACCAUGACAAUGGGAGCUCCAACUACCAUGACAACAACAGCUCCAACUACCAUGACAACGGGAGCUCCAACUACCAUGACAACGGGAGCUCCAACAACCAUGACAACGGGAGCUCAAACUACUAUGACAACAGCUCCUACUACCAUGACAACGGGUUCUCCUACUAUCAUGACUACGAGAGCUCAAGCUACAAUGACAACAAGUGCUCCAACUACCAUGACAACGGGAGCUCCAACUACCAUGACAACGGGAGCUCCAACUACUAUGACAACGGUUGCUCCAACUACUAUGACAACAGGAGCUCAAACUACUAUGACAACGGGAGCUCAAACUACCAUGACAACGGAUGCUGCAACUACCAUGACAACGGGAGCUCCAACUACCAUGACAACGGGAGCUCCAACUACCAUGACAACGGGAGCUCCAACUACCAUGACAACGGGAGCUCCAACUACCAUGACAACGGGAGCUCCAACUACCAUGACAACAGGGGCUCCAACUACCAUGACAACGGGAGCUCCAACUACUAUGACAACGGUUGCUCCAACUACUAUGAAAACGGGAGCUCAAACUACCGUACUGCUGAACUCUGGUAGUCAAACGGUCCGAGUGUUUCUUCUGAGCUCUGUGCUGCCACUGGUGCUGACCAAAUUCUGCCUUUAAGAGAAACAGCGCCCCCCGGUGGCCAAAGGGAAAGUGACGCAUGUGUUAUAUUGAAUGUUCUGAGAAAGACUGAUUAUGGCGUUCCCAGGUGAAAAUAAACAUUUGUGUCAAGGAGUUACUUAGCACACUUUAGCACAUCAAUCUGGGCCAUUGAGUAUCACUAUUAAUGUCACCUCACAAGUUGAACACAUAAAGGGAACACUACAAGUUUGAGCUAACCAAUAAGUUAAACUGUUAAAAUUAUGGAAUAUGUAAACAUAUGCAGACCUUUAUCGCAAUACACGUAACAUAACAUAUAUAGAUUGUAACAUUAUCGAUGCUUCCCCUAUGUAUGAUUUCUUAGCUCAGCUUGCCUCUCACAUUUUCAAGGAAUGCAGACUUAUGCAGGUUAUGAUACAAAAUCAAGCCCACACUUUAUACUGUCGGGGGAAUAUAAUUAAUUCUAUGUUCUUAAAUGUUUUCUGUAUUUAAUUCUAGUUCUGUUUUCAUUGCUGUCCAAUAGCUUUGUUUGAUUGUAUGCUUCUUUGUCAAAAUCAAGUAUUGAAAAACAGUAA